AUGGAUGUCGCCAAGGGUUUCCUCUGGGGCAUGGUCCGCCGGUGUAUCGACCGAGACCCGGCACAGGACUGGGCUCGAUUAGGGCCUGUCGGCUGGGCGAUCCUGAGAGCCCCGCCACCAGUUCGAUCAGCAGCAACCCGCUGGGCGCUCGACCUUUCGAGGCGAGCGUUUACUUGGUCGUUGAGGCAGGGAGUUGGGUCAUUCCGCUUCCUCCUCUUCGCCAAGUUCGCCAAGUGGCUGCUGCUGAAAGUGAUGGGUUCCCGGUGGAUAACCGCAGCGGUUCUAGGCCAGGACCCCGACCUGCAGGCGUAA